GACCCCAAAAGGUAAGGCGCUUCGGGUAAGAUGGCUGCCAAAAGUUUUGCUUCCCGCCUCAGAGGCUCCGGGCGCUUUCUGAGUGUCUUCGUGGCGGGAGCUGUGGUGGGCGCCGCGGGAGGCGGGUUCACGGCCAUGCAGUUGCUCCGGAGUCAGGGAGCUGAGGCAGCGUUGGCGGUGAGGGAGCCCGACGGUUCUGCAGAAAAGGCUCUCUUGGAACAAUUUGGAGUCCCUUUAACUGGAACAGAGACUAGGCAUUACACUAAUCAUGCCUUGUCUUAUGAUCAAUCAAAGCGGGUGCCUAGAUGGGUUCUUGAACAUAUAUCCAAAAGCAAGAUAAUGGGUGAUGCUGACAGAAAACAUUGUAAAUUCAAGCCUGAUCCCAACAUCCCUCCCGCCUUCAGUGCCUUCAAUGAAGACUAUGUUGGGAGUGGGUGGUCGAGAGGACACAUGGCUCCAGCAGGAAAUAACAAAUUUUCAUCUAAAGCCAUGGCUGAAACCUUUUACCUUUCUAAUAUUGUGCCUCAGAAUUUUGAUAAUAAUGCUGGCUAUUGGAACAGAAUGGAAAUGUACUGUCGAGAACUGACGGAGAGGUUUGAAGAUGUUUGGGUAGUAUCUGGACCGUUGACCUUACCUCAGACUGGAAGUGAUGGAAAGAAAACAGUUAGUUACCAGGUGAUCGGUGAGGACAACGUGGCUGUCCCCUCACACCUCUAUAAGGUGAUCCUGGCCCGCAGAAGCCCAGUGUCUACUGAACCUCUGGCACUAGGGGCCUUUGUGGUGCCCAAUGACGCCAUUGGCUUCCAACCGCAGUUAAGUGAAUUCCAAGUGAGCCUUCAGGACCUGGAGAAGUUAUCAGGACUGGUGUUUUUUCCUCAUUUGGAUAGAACUAGUGGUAUCAGGAAUAUCUGCUCUGUGGACACCUGUAAGCUCCUGGAUUUCCAGGAGUUCACUCUGUACCUGAGCACAAGAAAGAUUGAGGGGGCCCGAUCAGUACUCAGACUGGAAAAGGUCAUGGAAAAUUUGAAGAACGCAGGGAUUGAACCAGAUGAUUACUUCAUGAACCGCUAUAAGAAGAAACUAGAAGAACUCAAAGCUAAGGAGCAGUCAGGAAUCCUGGAGAGAAAGCCAUCGUAGUUUUUUUUCUCAGAAGAUGUGUGACAGCAUCUCUAAUGAAGCAGGUGUGUCCUCUUCAGGCUAAUGUGUUCUAGUGGCUUUGCUUUAAAGAAAUGAUGAAAUCCUAAACUUCAGACUAAAUUUCUCCCCAAAAGGUGAAAGAUCUAAAAAAUUCUCAGUUUUUUAUUUGACACGGGAACUCAUUAUUAAGGAAACUGUAAGACCUACAGAUUGGAUGCUGAUCUUGUGUCAGGUUCACAGAGACUCUGACCACAAGAUGACGCUGUUUUGUCUCUCUCUGGAUGUUCGCGUGUGAAGGCAUUUUGUUUUCUUGCCCUUGAAUCAUGCACUAUCUUUGAUGUAUCUGCUCAGUUUUCUUGGAGCCCAGCGUUGUAUGGGACCCGAGUUGGUCUUGGAGGUGGCUUUUAGAUAUCCUCUGUGUGCUGUCCUGUCCACAUGUAUUACUGUGUUACGUAUUCGUUUCUUGCUCCUUCUCUGACAGGCCUGCUGACCCUGCAUUUCUGUCCUAUAGAAGCCCUCAGCAACAUUUUCUGCUCACCUAGUGUGUUCUGUAUACUAAGCUCAAUACUUUACAAGUAUUAUCCUACAGCGACUCUCUGAGGUAAAUACCACUGUCCUCAUUUUACACGUUAGGAAAUGAAGCCUUAGGGAGUUUAAGUAUUUUGUCCAGGGUUCACCUUUCCGAAGAAGUAACCCACAGAGAUAGGAGGCAUGUGGGGCCGAGAAGAAAGACAGCAUGACGUAGAUUGAAAUAAUAUGGGGGCUUUUGACUUAGAAAUGUAUACACAUGGGUAUUGGUGAUUCUGGGCCCCGCUUGCUAAGAGGGGUCUGGUUUCUUGUCUGCCAUCGAGCCAAAGGGUCUUGAGUAUCCUCUGACUUGAACCCUCCUUGUGUCUUUGGGAAGAAACAAUCGCAGGUGUUUGAAAGUUAGAGGGCAUGCUUUGUGGGGUUUAUCAGAGCCCUUACUUGACUCUAGGGAUGCAGGUCUUUUAGUGACCAGAUGGUGCCAAAUUGCUAUGUUCUUUGCUUUCCAGGUGAGCAGUUUGUUCCAUAGGUUAAGGGACCUAAGAAGGGUCUGUGUCCAUGGCUUUACCAGCUCAUGAUUUGCUUCCCUCUUGGGCCUGCUUGCCUACCUGGGUAGCACAGGGCAGGUGGUGCUUUGGGCCAAAGACUCAAAGACAAUUCUCAUUAUCUCUGAGGGAAACAGCAGCUGUUUUUCUGAGCCAGAUCUCUAGAUUUGGGUUUACACGGAAUUCUUUCAAGGGCUACCAUUAAGUAUAGGCAGCGAAAUACCUUAAAAUAGGGCCCAGGAGCUUGUCUAAACGUAUCCUAGCUCUGCCGUCUUUCCAAGUGGUGUUGCAAGAACAGUUUUUGUGGUGUUUUGUGUGUUUGUCUCUAACAGAAAUGCCAAGGCUUUAAAAUAAAGGUAGGUUGAUAAUGAU